AUGACAGGCAGUGGUAGCUUGGAUAUUCGGAAGGUGUCCCAUACAAACUGCACUGCACUGCGGCUUGAACCUGUUUCCUCCUUUUCAGACAUUGAGUAUCUCAAGUCAGUCCUUCCUGUUAAGACAGAGGAAGCUUUCUUUGAAUACCUUCUUACUGUAGAUGCAUCCGAAGUUUCCCUCUCGUCCGCUCCCGAGGGCUCCGUUGUCUUCUCACGGGUACCGUUACUUCAAGUGAAGGGUCCCCUGCUUGUGGUACAGCUAUUAGAAACUACCCUGAUAUGCCUGGUGAACUACGCCAGCCUCGUGGCCACAAAUGCCGCCAGGUUCCGCCUUGCCGCAGGCCCGGACAAGAAGCUCAUGGAGAUGGGGCUGCGGCGGGCCCAGGGGGUGGAUGGGGGCCUCGCCGCCUCCAAGUAUUCGUACGUAGGAGGCUUUGACUAUACCAGCAAUGUCCUCGCGGGGAAGCUCUACGGGAUCCCCGUGCGGGGGACGGUGGCCCACUCGUUCGUCUCCUCGUUCAGUUCGCUGGCAGAGGUCAGCCCACGGGAGCUGCUGCCCCUGGGCGGAGAGGCGCCGGUGGACUUCCCUCCCCUGGCGGAGACGUGGCUGAGCCGGGUGUGCCGAGUCCUCCAGGUCCCCCUGGAAGGGGUGAACCCCGGGGAGCUGGCGGCCUUCCUGUCCUACGCCAUCACCUUCCCACACCACUUCCAGGGCCUGGUGGACACCUACUGCGUGAUGAGGAGCGGCAUCCCGAACUUCUGCGCAGUCGCCCUCGCGCUGAAUGAGCUGGGGUACCAGGCCAUCGGGGUUCGCCUGGACAGUGGGGACUUGGCCAGACAGUCAGCAGAGAUCCGUCGAGUGUUUCGGAGCUGUAGCGAGCACUUCCAGGUCCCCUGGUUCGAAGCGAUCCCCAUCGCCGUGAGCAACGACGUGACCGAGCAGAGCCUCGCGGAGCUGGCCCAGGAGGGGAGCGAAAUCGACAUGAUCGGAGUCGGGACGCAUCUUGUCACGUGCCCACUUCAGACCACUCUGGGCUGUGUCUACAAGCUGGUAGAAGUGAGUGGUUCUCCAAGACUCAAAGUGACCGAGGACAAAGAGAAGGCCACCCUGCCGGGAAGCAAAGCCGUCUACCGGCUCUGGGGCGCUGCGGGCUUCCCGUGCAUGGACCUCAUGGCGCUGGAAGAGGAGCCUCCCCCAGAGGCUGGGCAGGAGGUUGAGUUCUGGCCGCUGGAGCAAGCCACCGAAGCGGCGAAGAUCACUCCCGCAGCAGUGGAAACCCUGUACCGCGUGUACUUCCAAGACGGGCAGGUGUGCCAGCUGCUCCCCAGCCUCGUGGAGAUCAAGGACCAUGUCACAGCCUCCUUGGACAAGCUCAGUCCUGCCCAUAAGAGGCUGCACGGCGCAGAAAGCUACCAGGUAGCCAUGACAGAAAAGCUGCAUUUGCUCCUCACGGACCUCCGGAGAAACAGCCGGUGACGCCCAGGAGCCCAGGCACGGGCCCGGCAGGGUCCGCAUCGCGCGGCCGGAGGCUCUACGGGCGCAGCACCGUCAUGCGCCUUGGACGAGUGCGACGGCUGUGCCAGAACUAACCAAGGCUGCAUUUAUGCACUUCCAGUGUGUUAAAGCAACGCUGAGCGAUCAAAUUGCACGUGCUCUUUAGGGAAGAUACUCUACCAGAGGUCCAGAUUUAGAAUAAAUGGACAUAAAUUAUGCUACUACUACGCAAUAAUAAAAGUGCUACUAAUUCUUA